GAAUAUGAAUUUGGAACUAUUGAUAAAUUUGGUAAUCGGCUUAAUAUUAAACCCGGACAAUGCGUUAUCAAUAUUCGGUUAGAAUGUCUCUAUAAUGGAAUGCCGUCUGAAUUCAAAUUUCCUACGCAUGCUUUACCCAAUCCAGUCUCCAUUGACCUCUACCCCGUUCAAGAGUCUGUCUUGUCUUCCGUCCUCUGA